AUGUCAGCUCGCGUACAGGCCAAGUCGAAACUCAUUUCGCGGGGACCAUUGGACCCCAGCGAAGCCCGCUGGGCUCGAAUGGUGAAGACAACAUACACCGACCCCCUGGGUGUCGAGCGAACAUGGGAAUCAGCUGAGCGCACGAAACGGGGACUAGCAUUAGUGGGGCUCCCCAGUCGACUCCCGGGACCUCAACAGACUCGUCCUGACGGGAUUGAUCUUGAUGGCGUUGGGAUCGUCGCUAUUUUGAACAAGGAUUCUGGCUCGGAGCUGCUUCUGCAGAAGCAAUACCGCCCUCCCAUUGAUGCUGUUGUCAUUGAGGUUCCUGCGGGGCUUAUCGAUGCGGGCGAGACGCCUGAGCAAUGUGCUGUUCGAGAACUUAAGGAGGAGACUGGUUAUGUUGGCGUCGCGGAGCAGACUAGUCCGGUUAUGUUUAACGACCCAGGGCUUUGCAAUACCAACCUGCAUAUGGUCCACGUCCGGGUUGAUAUGUCUCUUCCCGAGAACAAGAACCCGAAGCCUGAGCUCGAGGAUAACGAGUUCAUUGAAUGCUUUACUAUUCCUUUGACAUCGUUGUUCGACGAGUUAAAGAAGCUUGAAAAAGAGGGUUAUGCCAUUGAUGCCAGGAUCGGAACCCUAGCCGAGGGCAUUGAACUCGCAAAGAAAUGGAAGUUGUGA